AUGACACUUGCAUUGGGAGGAUGGCCGAGUGACGAAACGCACCUAGACGAACCUGUGAAACCGUAUUUGGGACUGCGAGGUGAAAUCACCAUGGCUGACGGAUUGUUGUUGAAAGGUGAUAGACUUGUUAUACCGCCUAUUCUGAGGACCGAGAUCCUAGAGAAAUUGCACGAGGGUCACUUAGGAAUCGCGAAGUGUCGAGAACGCGCGAAAUCGUCAGUCUGGUGGCAUGAUCUUAGCAGCCAAAUCAAGGACGUGGUAAAUUUUUGCCAUAUCUGUGCCGAGGCAAGGAAAGACUCUGCCGAACCGUUAAUACCAACACCGCUACCGACACGUCCAUGGCAACGCGCGGGUACAGAUCUCUUCCAUUUCAAAGGGAAAACAUACCUUUUUGUUGUUGACUAUUUCUCACGUUUUGUGGAAAUCGCCAAGUUGUCGUCAACGUCAUCGGAGGAUGUGAUCGUACAUCUCAAUUCCAUAUUUAGCCGUCACGGGAUACCAGAUGUGCUAAUUUCUGAUAACGGACCACAGUAUGCGACUGAAGUGUUUGUGCGAUUCGCAAAGGAAUUUGGAUUCCAACACGUAACCAGCAGUCCGAGAUAUGCACAGAGCAAUGGUGAAGCGGAACGCGCCGUACAAACUAUCAAGAAUCUGUUGCGCAAAAACAAGGAUCCGUACGUCGCCCUAAUGUCGUAUUGUGCGAAUGGGUAUAGCCCUGCCGAACUUUGCAUGGGUCGACAAAAAAUGGCCUUAUCUAACAGAAGUGAAUGA